AUGAUUACUGACCUAUUGCCGAUGCCCAAACACUUUUCCCCAGUCCUGCCCUAUGACUCGCUGAGCCUCGGGCCGCUAGAUGAAAUUGUGAGACACCAACAAAGUAUCUACAACGGUCGUAACUUAUCGCCAGACGCACCAGGACGGCCCAAUCCCUGCAGGCUGAAGGCAGUCCAUGGACCAAGCCAGUCGAAAGGUGACACUCGCGUUGACUCGAUUGGUGCCGAACUGGCUCGAUGGCCGACUACAGGCGCUGGACUGAGUGGAUCCAGUCGGGACAUCAACCAGAGUCGACUACCGAGCCGCUUCUGUCUGAAGCUGGAUCUGCUCGGAUCUGAGUCGUGCGGGAUACGAACCUACAACCUUAAGGUAAAUUUGGCAUCUCUCAGUCGCCUUAGGCGGCAGCCAGACUACGGCUGCAUUGUUGGCAUUCAUUUCAUUUUGUUUGAAGAGGCGAGUGCGGGGAAUUUGUAG